AUGAUAUAUCCCUUAUUCAGGAUAUGUAUCCUAGGUGCAUUUCUGUUGGGUAGCUAUGCAUGUCUUGAAAAUAGUACGCAAAAGGGUAUUGAAGGGGUAACUCUCUCUCAUAAUAGUGUACAAAUUAAUAAUACUUUGGCAAAAUCUGCGCCAUUUUGUGAGUCAGACGCUCUUUCAAUGAAUUAUUCAACUGAAAAUAUGUUAAGUAAUAAUGCAUGCGAUUAUACGAAAAAUUCUUCGUAUCCAUAUAUUAUUACCAUUAUUACUAAGGCCUUUGAUAAUGCCCUUGAAAAUUCACUUAAUUUACAAGCAAACAGGAAGCUUUAUCACAGAGUGGGGACGUGUAUACAGAAUAUUUUUUAUCAACUGUUGUUAACUGUGAAUUACUGA